AUGGUUGGGGCGGCCCACUCUCCCAGCUUCACCCGGAGCAGCUACGCAAGCACCCGCCGCUGCACCGCCAGCCAGCCGCCGGUCCAGCGAGCGCUCAAGGUCACCGCCGUCGCCGCACCCGAGCAAGGCAUCCGCCCGCCCGCCGCCAACGGCAGCAGCCCGCUGCACGAUGUGGUGAUCGUGGGCGCGGUGCGCACGCCCAUGUGCAAGGCCAAGGUGGGCUCCCUCAAGCAGGCCCUGGUGGAUGAGCUGGUGCUGUCGGUGCUCAAGGAGCUGCUGAGGCGCACCGGCGUGGCCGCAGAGGAUGUGGGCGACGUCUGCUUCGGCUCUGGGCUGGGACCCUCCUCCAAGCGUGCCAACGAGGUGCGCACCGCACUGCUGCUGGCCGGCUUCCCGCCCUCCGUCCCUGCCUACACCGUCAACAGGCAGUGCGCUGCCGGGCUGCAGUCCAUCGCCGACAUGGCUGCCUCCAUCGCCGCCGGCUACUACGACAUCGGCAUCGCAGGCGGUGUGGAGAGCAUGAGCCACUCCCCCAUGAUGUGGGAGGGCAGCGACAACCCGCUGGUCGAGGAGAACCAGCACGCCAAGGACUGCCUGCUGCCAAUGGGCAUCACCUCUGACAACGUGGCAGCCCGCUUUGCGGUGCCCCGAGACCUGCAGGACCGCCUGGCCGCCUCCUCGCACGCCAAGGCCGCCGCCGCGCAGGCUGCCGGCAGGUUCAAGGAUGAGAUCGUGGCGGUGGAGACGACGGUGAAGGAGGGAGACGAGGAGCGGCGUGUGGUGGUGGACCGCGACGACGGCAUCCGCCCCGACUUCUCCUUUGAGAAGCUGUCCAAGCUGCGCGCCUGCUUCAAGAAGGGCGGCACCACCACCGUGGGCAACGCAUGCCAGACCACUGACGGAGCGGCGGCGGUGAUGCUGAUGAGGCGUGGCGAGGCGGAGCGCCGCGGCCUGCCCAUCCUGGCCACGCUCAAGUCGUUUGCUGCCGUGGGGGUGGAGCCUGCGGUGAUGGGCAUCGGCCCGGCUGUGGCCAUCCCCGCCGCCCUGGAAAAGGCGGGCCUGUCCAAGGAUGACAUCGACGUGUUUGAGCUCAACGAGGCUUUCGCCUCGCAGUUUGCCUACUGCCUCAAGGAGCUGGGCCUGGAUGAGGAGAAGGUGAACCCCAACGGCGGCGCCAUCGCUCUGGGGCACCCCAUCGGCUGCACCGGCGCCCGCCAGACCGUCACCCUGCUCCACGAGAUGGCCAGGCGCAACAGCAACGGCAGGGGCGCCCACUAUGGCGUGGUGUCCAUGUGCACCGGCUCGGGCAUGGGCGCCGCAGCCGUGUUCGAGGCUGAGAACGGCAGCGCCGAGCAGGAGUGA